UGGCUCUGUCUUUCGUCGGUCUCCCUCUGAGCCUGUCACGAUGCAGGCAAUAAAUGGUCUAGAGAUAAACGAGCGAAUGGUCUCCCUUGGGACACGAACGCUGCCUGUUAGCCGAGCCACGACAAAUCGCGAGCGGCCCGAGGAGAGGGGGAAGAAAAGGUGAGUAUGUGUGCUGGUGAUGAGGUUAUCGCGACGGCCGAUAAGCCAUAUAACGACAUGGGUCUAGGAUUGUUACAAGGGCCUAGAGGGCAUGCUCCGUCCUGCCCUGAGCCCUUCGAACAUUGCGUCCCUGUGUCCCUUUGGUAGGUCGCUUCGGGGACUCGGAGCACUGCGCUGUCGAUCGACCAAACUGUCAAACUAGGGUCCCAGACAUCUCAAUGUUUUUUGUCGCUCUGCCACGUUCGAUGUGCAUUCUGAUACCUAAUACUUGCAUGCUUCUUUUGGCAAAUGUCUCUUUUCUGUCACUGACACCUCUCUUGAGCCCGCCGUGGCCCACGAAGCUAAAAGCAGCCGUCCCCUAGAACUGACACCACGAGUCUGGCGUCAACACUCCAGUUAGGUAUACAUCACCAAGCUUCGCACCCCAGUCAACUGCGGAAUACAAGGGCCCAGGAUCGGCCACACUUGAGCAAGGUGGCGUCGGGGAACUGAGGCACUGCGCGCGAUUGCGGAUUCGGUACCCAAAAGCCAAGCAGCCUCACCACGUUCGGUCCUCUUCACAAGACUUCGCACCUCGGCAAGCGUAUAACCCAUCCAACCACUGUCCUGGGCCUGUGGCUGGAACAGUCCAUGAGCGUCGGCUCUACUGAUUACUGCAUAUUGGCGUCCCCCUACAACACGUUGCGACCUCUCCGACCACAUUAUUUGGGAAAUUGACACAGCUGCGUCAAUCUUGGCAUGAAACCCAAGAGGGGAGGCAGAGAAACCGUGCCCAGUGACCCCCCGGGGUGUCUCAGAGACAGCUUACCAGGCAGAGUCACUGAAAGGGGAGUCUCGGGCGGGGGUAGCAACCAGUUCAGACACCAAGACACGGACGAGCUCACCGCGCAGCCUACAACACAGCGGGUCCCUGCCCGCUUCCCAUUCGGUUACCCUCCGCAUUAUUAGCCCUGGCUCUCAGUUCGGGUAAGCCCAAGACGGUCUCCUCUACCAGGAAAGCCCUCUUAUCUUCGAACGUACCCUCUGUUACCUGGCUGACACCCAAACUAACAUCAUUUCAGUGCCUGUCGGUGCCUAUCUUGAAUCUAUCAUCUACCCACACAGCAGACCAACACAGUGAGAAUGGAGCAAACUUCGGGGUGGAUUCAGAAUAAUACAAACCAGCUCCCUGGGGAACAUUUCGGGCAAGGGCUGCCAUCAGACCUCCAACAUCGAUCAGAUACGGGCAGUCAUGGAUGGACAUAUGACGAGAACUCGAGCAACCAUCUCGGCUACCAUGACCCCAACCUUCACCACGGCAUCACUAAUCCCACCGACCUCUCAUCAUAUCAACAGCCCGUGGCAGAUGCCAGAAUUCCAAGUCCUACCUACUUGCACUUGGAAACUUCCUUUGACCAGAGCUCCUCGACUCUAGAAGGCCAGUGGGUUUCGAACAGCCCAAUAAGCCCGUCAGCACCUUACGGCGACAUUGCCUGCACCCUCAGCUCAACCAACAGUAUUCAAACUUCGCCGAUGAUUUUGAGCCCAGCCAACGAUCAUUGGACGUAUCAGUCUUUCCCGAUAAACCACACAUAUGGAGUUUCGUUGAGCCAGCCCGAUUCACCCAUAGUUUCGGCUCCCUUUGACGCACCACACUCUGCUCGGGAGAUGCCGGCGUCAUAUUUUGCUGUGUGCAUGAUGUCCGAUACCACAUUACCUGUACACCAAGGGUCGCAUGACAGGUCGCUUUCUUCUUCCACGAUCCCACCCGAACUCGAACCAGCACCGACACAGCACCGACAGCAUAGUGGCAGACCUGCGAGUUUGAACCUGCGGAAGACAACAAAAGCCUCGGGUAAAGGAGAGCUACCCUCACCCUCAACGAAAACAAAGGUAACUCCCCGAUCCAAAGACUCCAAGACAGUCUCUCCAGCCAGCUCAAGUUCAAUACAACCGCACAAGCAAACGAAGUCAAACGGUCCCAGCUUGCGCACUGCGACCCGCCGGUUUAGACGCACCCCCGAAGAAGCUCCACCACGACCAGGAGAGUUGGCUGAAGAUCAGCGUGCCAGGGAAAAUCAUAAUCAGGUUGAGAAGGAGUACCGGACCAGGCUGCACAAAGGCUUCGAGGAGCUACUCGAAGCGCUGUGCGCUUUGCCGGAAGAGGAACGAGUGAUAGCCCGCCACAGCAAAACGGCCGGCGGAAGUGUGAAUGGAGACUAUGACGACGACGACGAACAUAUGACCAUCAUUGGGGCCCUGCUGGACGAAAGGACUGGUCCUGGAUUGCCCGCAAACAGGAACACAGGGGGCAAAGGGAAGAAGAAACAGAGGAGAAUGAGCAAGGCAGAGGUGCUUCACUACACCUGCCGUGUGCUCAAGUCGAUGGGGGAUGGUAAUCAGAAACUGAAAGAAGAGGUGGAACGCUUGAGGUCGGAACAUGACAUGAGGUUGAAGCAUACAAGGAGUAGCUGAUGCUUGGGCUUGUUUGAAUAGCUCAUACUGAUGGUUAGGUGGGACUUGGCAGGAAUCAUUUCGAUACAACUCUUAUUUUGGUGGGUUGAGGCUCAAGAUACAAACAGAAUGUAUGAUAUUUACGUAGCACAAAUCAUGCAUGUUGUUGCCACUGACAAUUACUGUCUCUAUGUCCUGUGCUUAUGCAAUCAUCUAGGUAUGCAGACAGAUGUCGAAAGGCCCUACCAGCAGCCCAGUACCUCGGAAA